AUGAAGGACCAGUAUAAAAGGCAGCCUAAUUCCCAGCUCUACCAUCCACUUCUCUUAUCUCCUUCUCGUUGGGAACCAGACAUGUCCUGCUACUCCCAGUGUGUGCCAUGCCGGCCCUGUGGCCCAACUCCUCUGGCCAGCAGCUGCAAUGAGCCCUGUGUCAGGCAGUGCCAGAACUCCACCAUCGUCAUCGAGCCCUCUCCCGUGGUGGUGACCCUGCCUGGACCCAUCCUCAGCUCCUUCCCGCAGAACACUGUUGUGGGCUCCUCCACCUCCGCUGCUGUUGGCAGCAUCCUCAGCUCUGAGGGCGUGCCCAUCACCUCGGGGGGCUUUGACUUGUCCGGCUUGGGCAGCCGCUACUGUGGCAGAAGGUGCCCGCCCUGCUGAAGCCGCUGGCCGUGGUCCCGGAGAAAUUCGUCCAGAAA